AGUGCAACAAAUUGAAAGGCUUGCUGGACAUUUUAUUGUUGGACUCAAACAACAAUCUUCUUUGUUUAGCAAUGGGACACACAUAACGAGGAAGAUGCUUAUUCAACUGAGAAGCAUAACACGCCAAUUGGUUUUUCAAGGCAUCUAAUCUUUUAAAAGAUAAAUAACCUAGUCUAUUAUGCCAAGUAUGUGCAGAAAUAUGACCAACAAAUACAUUUGGAGAAGAAUUGAAAUUUCCGGUGUCAAGUACAUACAAUCCUUUAACUUUAUCACUCUUGCCAAUCAUCCUCUUGGUUGUAGUCUCCUGAAUGUUGAAAUGAUCAUGAAAGUCCAUAUUGGGACAUUUGUACAGCUAUGCAGGCAGUUAGUAAGUUAGUUAAGAAGUUUACCAUAUUAUUAUUUCGAUUCCAUGAAUUAUUAAUUUAGGACUUGCAUCUUCUGGUUUCUUCAUCGAUCCAUAAAUGAAGGAAAAUUUGUUAUUCACCCAAAGAGCAAUGGUCAUUGCACGGCCCCCAGAGGCAUAGUUUUCCCUUGUGAGCAACUAAAAUACUAGCACCAAUCUAGGACUAUCGGAAUGAUGCAAGAAAUAUGGACUGGAUGGCUCAUCCAUGGCGGAUUUGCUCGAAUACGAACAUUGAUCAUUGUUGCCUUUGGAUUGUACAGACUCCAUAGUAACAAAGAUGAUAUUGGAGAUCUCAAACAAGGAGGAGAAGGAGAAGAAUUGGAUGAAUGCUGGAAGGAGUAUGCUCUGAUACCAUAUUAGAAGAAAUGAAGAGUUUUAUUUCUUAUUCAAAAUGAGAAUUGCAUCACUGAUGAUCAAAUGUACACGGGUAUAAAUAGAUGUCAAGCCCAACUAACUAAUUAACAUCCAGCUGGCACAAUUAACAUCUAUCUGACUAAAUUUUCACGGAUGACAUUGCUAAAGAGAUAUGUGCUGAGAUUGUUCAUAUCGUUGAAGUAUAUAACUGCAAAUGUGGUAGACAGGAAUAAUGGAAGGAUAGUUGCAACAGCAUCGACAGUUGAACACUCUCUAAAAAAUUCACUUGAAUGUGGUCGGUCUUGCAAUGCGAAAGCAGCAGCAGUUGUGGGAGAAGUGUUGGCGAUGAGACUUAAAGUGGAGGGUCUUGAACAAGGCCAGGGGCGAGGUAUCCAUGUAGACGUGAACAAAGAGAUUGAGAAGAAAGGUCUAAAGAACAGCACAAAGGUAUGGUCUAUAGUUCAUGCCCUUAAGAACAACGGAGUCAAACUUAUUCUCGAGGAAAAUGGCAACGAGACUUCUUGCUCGGGUUACAGAGUCCAUGGAGCAGAUGAUUUUAGAAAUCGUAGAGAUUGACCUAUUUUGUCAUUACAAAUGUUGUGGUUUGCUUGAGAUGUCCGUGUAAUAUCUUUUUACCCGAAGUAGAAACUCUCUUGAUUAUAAACAUGAGAGAUGCUACAUGUAUGGGCAUUGUAUAAAGGCAUUUUUAUAGUACUUCAAGUGACAGGACUUUUAUUGGACUUUGAACAAAAAAUAGAUUUAAAAUAGUUAAUUAAAUCCCACCAUGUUAUCAUC